UCAUUAAUGGUCGCAUCGCAAAUCCAGCAAAGUCGCAAGUCGCAAGAAAUGCGACCGAGUUUGCGACACAGCGCAAUUUGCGUUUCAUUAAUCGCGUCGCAAAAUAGAGCUUGCGACUUUUUCCUCUAUCGAUAAUUUGCGAUACGCAGUCUACGAAAUGACGUCAUAGCAUCACUGCGAGUACCUGUUUGUUUACGCGCCAUCUGUCAGAUUUGACAGACGGACUUCUGCAUAGAACUUCACAAUGUCAGAAAGGAAGCAAAAUUGGUCGUCGCGGGAGUUGGAAGAACUCGCUACUGGGCACACAAAACACAGCACCUUUUUAACUUCCAAGCACGGCCCAAGUUCUUCAGAGGCAGAGAAGAAAAGAGUUCUAAAUGAAAUUUUGUUGAGUGUGAACAGUGUUGGCGGGAAUGGGAGGACGAUUGAUGAAAUGUCCAAGAAGUGGAAGGAUUUGAAGAGUCGAACAAAGAAAAAGGAGCAGGGUCGCCUGAAAGCCCUGAGGAGUUCAGGAUUGGGGGAGAUACCAAAAACCCUUAUCCUAACAGAGCUGGAGGAAAGGGUCCUAUCAUGCAUUCCAGCGGUAUCUGUGACCGGUAUUCAGACUGGAGUGGACACUAACAGAUCAUUUUCCAAGUUCUUAGGAGUGGCCAAUGAAGAUGAGGUAGAAGUGGCCGCUAAAGAAAAUUGCCCUUCAGCGGCUGACUACACAAACUGUGCUGAAUCGUCAAGUGACACAGUAAAAAAUGUAAGAUGUAGUUCUGGGACAUCCUCAACAGGAAAAAGGAAGCGUGAAUAUUAUGACUGCCAGUGCUCGGACGAGCUGAUCAGUUUACAGAGGGAACUGUUGGCAGAGAGCAGGACUCGCAAUGAACUGCUGCGGGAAAUAAGCGGGUCCCUUAAAUCUCUUGUUUCGCAACGAGACCAACAGACAUUAAAUGAUUUACUUGGUUUUCAAUGAACUUACAUAUCAACAUUAUUUUAUUGACAUUUUUAAGG